AUGACCAGGCUUGUGAGCUUCAGAGAAACUGGAGAGCUGGCCAGUAGCCUGGAGCAGAGUGACAGCUAUAUUGUGCGUGUCAAGGCUGUGGUUAUGACCAGAGAUGACUCCAGCGGGGGAUGGUUCCCACAGGAAGGAGGCGGGAUCAGUCGCGUGGGUGUCUGUAAGGUCAUGCACCCCGAAGGCAAUGGACGAAGCGGCUUUCUCAUCCACGGUGAACGACAGAAAGACAAACUGGUGGUAUUGGAAUGCUAUGUAAGAAAGGACUUGGUCUACACCAAAGCCAACCCAACCUUUCAUCAUUGGAAGGUCGACAAUAGGAAGUUUGGACUUACUUUCCAAAGCCCUGCUGAUGCUCGAGCCUUUGACAGGGGAGUGAGGAAAGCAAUCGAAGACCUUAUAGAAGGCUCAACCACAUCAUCUUCCACCAUCCAUAAUGAAGCUGAGCUUGGCGAUGAUGACGUUUUUACGACAGCUACAGACAGUUCUUCUAAUUCCUCCCAGAAGAGGGAACAACCUACUCGGACAAUCUCCUCUCCCACAUCCUGUGAGCACCGGAGGAUUUACACCCUGGGCCACCUCCAUGACCCAUACCCCACGGACCACUAUCACCUCGAACAGCCGAUGCCAAGGCCUUACCGCCAGGUGAGCUUCCCAGACGACGACGAGGAGAUUGUGCGCAUCAACCCCAGGGAGAAGAUCUGGCUGACCGGCUACGAGGACUACCGGCACGCACCAGUGCGGGGCAAAUCCCCCGACGCCUCGGAGGACGCCGACUCCUACGUGCGGUUCGCCAAGGGCGAGGUCCCCAAGCACGACUACAAUUACCCCUACGUGGACUCCUCGGACUUCGGCCUCGGCGAGGACCCCAAAGGGCGCGGGGGCGGCGUGAUCAAGACCCAGCCGUCCCGGGGCAAGUCCCGGAGGCGGAAGGAGGACGGCGAGCGCUCCCGGUGCGAGUACUGCAGGGACAUGUUCAACCACGAGGAAAACCGGAGGGGCCACUGUCAGGACGCGCCCGACUCUGUGAGAACUUGCAUCCGCCGGGUGAGCUGUAUGUGGUGUGCGGACAGCAUGCUCUAUCACUGUAUGUCGGACCCCGAGGGAGACUAUACAGACCCGUGCUCGUGCGAUACUAGCGACGAGAAGUUUUGCCUCCGGUGGAUGGCUCUUAUUGCCUUGUCUUUCCUGGCCCCCUGUAUGUGCUGUUACCUGCCCCUGCGGGCCUGCUACCACUGCGGGGUGAUGUGCAGGUGCUGCGGGGGGAAGCACAAAGCGGCCGUGUGA